CCCUUUUCUUUGUGCCUAUAUAAAGGUUUCCAACUUUCAUAUUCUUUCCUCAUAUAUCACCACAUUAAAAACACACCCUCAACCUGUAUCACUACCAACAACUCUUGUUAAUAUCCAAAAAAAAGUUUCAAAUUACCCCCCCAGAAAAAAAAAAAAAAAGAGAUUCGUCACUAAAUGGAUUAUUCCUCAUCGUUUUGUAGCCAAUACUCAAACUCCGAAUUCUCUCCUCAACCAUAUUCUUCUUCCUUCAACUCAUUCUUAUCCGAUCUUUCAUGGGCCGAAGAGUACUCCUUCAAUUUCAACAACCAACCAGUUCCCCUCCCUUUCAAUGAAAACGACUCCGAAGAAAUGCUUCUCUACGGGGUCCUCGCCGGAGGAGACUCAUCGGAAUCCAUAUCCAACGCUCAUUCCAAAGACGUGGAGGAGGUGAAUUCUAAAGCCAGAGCCGUCGAAGAAGAAGAAGAAGAACAAAGAACAGCAGAAGAAGUGUCUUACAGAGGGGUUCGGAGGCGUCCAUGGGGAAAGUACGCGGCGGAGAUAAGGGACUCGACGAGGAAUGGAGUCAGAGUUUGGCUGGGAACUUUCGAUACGGCGGAAGCGGCGGCCUUGGCUUAUGACCAAGCCGCAUUCGCAAUGCGGGGCUCGCUUGCGGUGCUCAACUUUCCUGUGGAGAGGGUUUACCAGUCGCUUAAGGAGAUGAAGUAUGGUUACGAAGAAGGAAGCUCACCGGUUUUGGCUCUGAAACGAAGGCACUCCAUGACGAAGAAGCAUAAGAAAUCCUUGGCAACAAUGUCUAAGAACAAGAAGAAGAAGGAGAUGAUGGAAAAUGUGGUGGUGUUGGAGGACUUGGGUGCUGAUUACUUAGAGGAGCUCCUCAAAAUAUCCGAAUCCACCAGUCCUAAUUAUUGGUAAAAUUUUCAAGAGAUCAUCAUAGUCUUCUCGGGUUAAUUUAGGACAACUCACUUUUACCUUUUUUUUUUUUUUUGUGUGUGUGUGUGUGUGUGUGUGUAAAAUUGUGAAGAAAUGGAUAAAUAAACAAUGG